AUGAUGGGUCGAGGCCCAAUCAGGGCGAACGCGCUCGCGGGCUCACAAGGCUCAAUUGGUGACGACAUGGGAGAGCAAGAACACAAUGUGAACCCGGAUGAAAUGAUGAACGGGUGGGGGAACAACAUGCAGCGAGAUGACAAGGAGCCGUCGGAAGAUUUCCUGAACGAUGAUGAAGAGAAAGACAAUGAAGCCAAGGUGGCGAGUGGCGAGAAGUUGGGGAAUUCGAUCUCAAUUCAAGAUGAGGUCCCCUGCUUAUGUUGCUAA